CGCUAUUGUCCUACAUUUCUGGCUGGUCCUUAAAUGCAGCGCGCAGUCUUCUUGCCGUAAAGUGUUUCUUUAGGUCGUUAGGUUUCUGUUUUCAUGUUGACUUCAAAUAACUUUAACGUCGUUUAAAGCUGUUCCCGACGAAGACAGCGGUGAAAUCAUGUCGGGUCCCAGUCUGCUGGUUCUGUAUGGAAGUCAGACUGGAACCGCCCAGGACACGGCCUACAGGAUCGGCCGGCAGGCCCAGAGGAGGCAUCUGAAGGUCCGGGUGCUGCCUCUAGACGGUUACAAUGUGGCCGAACUGAUCUCAGAGUCUCUGGUGGUCUUUGUGUGUUCCACCACUGGACAGGGAGAUCCUCCAGACAACAUGAAGAACUUCUGGAGGUUCCUCUUCAGGAAGUCUCUGCCUGUUGGAUCUCUGAGCUGCCUGGACUGUGCAGUUCUGGGCCUGGGAGACUCCUCGUAUCCGAAGUUUAAUUUUGUUGCCAAGAAGCUCCACAAGCGCCUCCUGCAGCUGGGAGCUGGAAUGCUGAUCCCUGUGGGUCUGGGAGAUGAUCAGCAUGACCUGGGGCCAGAUGCUGUGAUCGACCCGUGGCUCAGAUCUUUUUGGGAAAAGGUCCUGGUUCUGUAUCCGUCUGUAUCCAACAUGGAGCCUCUGAGGGAAGAUGAACCACUCCCUCCAUCAUACACCUUCCAGUUCCUGGAUGAAGAGACGGAUCAGACCGAGGUUCUGCUGAGGAUUAACUCCGAGCCGACUGGCCCCUCGGAGUUCUGUCCGUUUCCUGCCAGAAUGUUGUCCAACAGGAGAGUCACGGAGCCGUCACACUUCCAGGACGUCAGACUCAUGGAGUUUGACAUCAGCGGGUCCAACAUUGAGUUUGCAGCUGGAGACAUUGUGAGGAUUCGUCCUCAGAACUCGGCGGAGGACGUGCAGCUCUUCUGUCAGCUUCUUCGGUUGGAUCCAGACUCCAGGUUCACUCUGAGAGCCACAGACGACGUUCCAGUUCCAGCCCGGCUACCUCAGCCCUGCUCUGUGCGCCACCUGGUGGAGCGUUACCUGGACAUCGCCGCUGUGCCUCGCCGCUCCUUCUUCGAGCUGCUGUCUGGCUUUGCCACCAAUGAGCUGGAGCAGGACAAACUGGCGGAGUUCAGCUCAGCGGCCGGACAGGACCAGCUGCACAGUUACUGCAACCGGCUGAGACGCACGGCGCUGGAGGUUCUGUCAGAUUUUCCGCACACCACCGCAGAAAUCAAAGUGGAUCAUCUUCUGGAUCUGUUCCCUGAGAUCCAGCCGCGCUCCUUCUCCAUCGCCUCUUCUCUUAAGGUCCACCCAAACAGGUUGCAGAUCCUGGUCGCUGUGGUUCUGUACAGAUCCAAGCUGUUCAAACCCAGAAGAGGCCUCUGCUCCUCAUGGUUGGCCUCUCUGGACCCUGAACAAGGGGAGGUCCGGGUCCAUCUGUGGGUGAAGAAGGGCAGCCUCCGGUUCCCUAAGGAGCUGGAAACUCCGGUGAUCCUGGUCGGACCUGGAACAGGAGUAGCUCCCUUCAGGUCGGCCCUGCAGGAAAGAGUUUCUGAGGGAAAAACAGCCAACGUUCUGUUCUUCGGCUGUCGCUCCGAGUCCAAAGACUUCUACUUCCGCUCCGAGUGGGAAGACAUGAUGAAGGCUGGGAAUCUGCGACUCUUCACUGCCUUCUCUCGAGACCAGGAGGAGAAGGUGUACGUUCAGCACCGUGUGCAGGAGAACACAGCGCUCCUCUGGGAGCUGAUGACCAAUAAAAAUGCCUGCUUCUACAUCGCUGGGAAUGCCAAGCAGAUGCCGGCUGCCGUGUGCGACGCUCUGAAGGAGGCACUCCAGCAGGAAGGAGGCGUUUCUGCUGAGGAAGCUGAGCAGAUGCUGGCAGCCAUGGAGAAGACGGGCCGUCUGCAGAGCGAGACCUGGUCCUGAUCCAGACUCCAACAAUCAGGAUUCAGAUGUUCCAUAUUUCUGCUCCUGUUGCCUGCUGGGAAACAUCUAUGAGCUGGGGCUCUGCUUUAGUUUCUGCUGUUUGCCUUAAUGAAGCCAUUUCAGAACAUC